AUGGAAGAGAUCGCCCCAGAAUACGAUGUUAUCGUUCUAGGCACAGGCUUGACGGAAUGCGUGCUCUCGGGGGUCCUUUCCGUCAAGGGCAAGAAAGUCCUCCACAUCGAUCGCAACGACCAUUACGGCGGUGAGGCUGCAUCUGUCAACAUUGAAGCUCUGUUCAAGAGAUAUGGAAACCAUAAAUCGGGCGAAGAGCCAUGGAAGAAGUACGGCCGCACCAACGACUGGAACAUUGAUCUAGUGCCCAAGCUCUUGAUGGCAAAUGGCGAACUCACCAACAUUCUUGUCUCCACCGAUGUCACACGAUACCUCGAAUUCAAACAGAUCGCAGGCAGCUUCGUACAGCAAGGAUCUGGUCCUCGCGCAACAGUUGCCAAAGUCCCCUCCACCGCUGCCGAGGCACUAAGUUCACCACUGAUGGGCCUAUUCGAGAAGAGAAGGGCAAAGAAAUUUCUGGAGUGGGUGGGUGCGUUUGAGGAGAACAACCCAUCCACACAUAAUGGAUUGAAUAUGAACCAGUGCACCAUGAAAGAGGUCUAUGAUAAAUUCGGAUUGGAGCCCUCCACACGCGACUUCAUCGGCCACUCUAUGGCCCUCUACUCGACCGACGACUACAUCAACAGCCCCGGCAUGGCUAAGGAGACCGUCGAAAGAAUCCGUCUGUACGCCAACUCGAUGGCUCGCUACGGCAAAUCACCAUACAUCUACCCGCUAUACGGUCUAGGAGAGCUUCCACAAGGCUUUGCCCGUCUCUCCGCUAUCUACGGGGGUACGUACAUGCUCAACACCUCGGUGGAUGAGUUUCUCUACGACGGCAAGCGAAUCUCAGGGAUCAAGGCGACUAUGCAAGAACGAGGCGAAGAGAAUGCAGAAGGCAUGAAAUUCACCACAAAGACCAAGAUGAUCCUAGGCGACCCCUCCUAUUUCCCUGGCAAGGUCCAAGUAGUCGGCCAUUUACUAAAGGCCAUCUGCAUUUUGAACCACCCGCUCGAGAAGACCGGAGACGCCGACUCCCUGCAACUCAUCAUCCCGCAAUCUCAGGUCGGUCGAAAACAUGACAUCUACAUUGCCAUGGUAUCCUCGGCCCACAACGUCUGUCCCAGGGGAUACUACAUCGCCAUCGUUUCCACCAUUGCCGAAACCUCGGCGAACCACCACCUCGAACUGCAGCCGGGCCUCGAGAGACUGGGCCGUAUCGAAGAGAAAUUCAUGGGCCCGCCAAUCCCGCUGUACCAGCCGUUGGAGAGCGGUGUCAACGACCAGAUCUUCAUCAGUAACAGCUUUGACGCGUCGAGCCACUUUGAGACGGUCACGGAGAAUGUGCGAGAUAUCUAUCGGAGGGCAAUGGGCGAGGAGUUGAAAGUGGAGGGGUUGAGGGAGGGUCAGACUCUGGCUGAAGAAUAG